CGCGCUCCCUAACUUCAGCUGUGCGGCCCUGCGCUCCGCCGGCCACCCCCACGUCACGCACGAACCUCACGGGUUGGCCCAGGUGCUCCCCUACGUCUGCCUUGAGGCUGGGCUGUGGGCUGGCGCCGCGUGACACGCCGCCGUUGGGGAAGUUUGGUGGAAUCAGAGGAGAAAAGGAAAGUCACUGUUGUAAGUCCAGUUUAGAGCCGCUUCUCUCUGGAGGACAGAGCGUUCUGGGGCUCUAGGAAACAAGUCCUUGUGAGCUGGCCAGGUGUGCCGGAGCGACCCAAAGUCUCAGGCUUCUGUCUCCGAGGGAAGCCUAGGAGUGUGGGGACGGGUGCCAGAGCCUUAUCAUGCACUGCAGAGCUUACUUCUUGCUGGAGAGAGACUUCCAAGAGUUGAAGGAGAACAAUUUUAAGGGUAUUACUGCCUUUCCUGUAAAUGAAGAUCUGAUGGAAUGGGGAGCCUAUAUUGAAGGUCUACAGAAUACAUUUUGGCAUGGAUUAUUCUUCCAACUGACAAUAAAUUUUACAUCACAGUACAAUUUUGUCCCUCCAGUUGUGAAAUUCAUAACAAUUCCUUUUCAUCCAAAUGUAGAUCAAAAUACUGGUCGAGUCUGUAUAGAUUUUUUGGAUGACCCUGAAAAGUGGAAUACAAACUAUACAUUGAGCAGCAUCUUACUUACUCUCCAGGUUAUGCUUUCUAAUCCAGUUCUAGAAAAUCCAGUGAAUUUGGAAGCAGCCCGAAUGCUGAUUAAAGAUGAAUCUCUGUACAAACAAAUAGUUCUAAGACUUUUCAGCCAACCAAUACAAUUGAGAGAGAACAGCCUUGAGUUUCCUAAAGAUCCAGAUAAACUUACCACAUCAAUUAAAGCAGUCUCAUUUAAUGAUUACUACAAGACAUGGUCUGGAAUAGCCACAUCAAAAGCCACAGAAUAUUAUAGAAGUUCAUUGCUUGAAGACCCAAAUUUUAUUGGAGAGUAUUAUAAACAGAAGAAAAUUGAAUUAAAACAUACUAAAGAAUGGAAUUUAAAGUAA